GAAAUUGGAAGGGUGAAGGUAAAGGCAGAAGGAGAAGGGCGACCAUGAAAAUGAGAAAAACAAACCAACAAAUCAAAAAUAGUCUCACAAAUGGGAAAAGUUGAGAGUAUUUAGUAAGAUUCUGCCAUAAUUGGCAGCACUCAUCCAUCUUCAUUAUCCACCAAAAAUUAACUCUUCAUUGUUUUCUUUUAUGCCGCAUUUGGUCGAUCAGAAACAAUGAUCAGAUUAUUCAAAGUGAAGGAAAAGCAACAGGAAGUUGUAGACAAUGCAAAGGAGAAGGGACCAGUCAAGAAGCAAAGUGCAGGGGAAUUACGUGUUCAAAGAGAUAUAACUGAGUUGAACCUGCCAAAUUCAAUUAGCAUAGCAUUCCCCAAUGGACAAGAUGAUCUGAUGAACUUUGAGGUCACCAUUGAACCUGAUGAAGGGUACUAUAACGGUGGCAGGUUUCUCUUCACAUUUGAAGUUACCCCAGUCUAUCCUCAUGAAGCACCAAAGGUCAAGUGCGAAACAAAGGUCUAUCAUCCAAACAUCGACUUGGAAGGGAAUAUCUGCCUUAACAUUCUUCGUGAAGAUUGGAAACCUGUCCUCAAUAUAAGUACUGUUAUUUAUGGAUUGUAUUACCUAUUCACGCAACCAAAUUAUGAAGAUCCUUUGAAUCAUGAGGCAGCUGAUGUUUUGAGGGAUAAUCCAGAGACGUUCGAAUCAAAUGUGAAAAGGGCAAUUGCUGGUGAUCAAUGGAUUGGAAGUACCUAUUUCCCUAAACCGGAUUUUUGAGAUCCACUGUAAGAGCAUUGCUAACUCAAGGUCCAAGGCUUUUGUAAGGGUGAAGUUGUGUUUUCUGUGGUCUAUCAGCAUUUUGUCUGAUAGUGUAACAUUUUUCUUUCUAUCAAUAACAAAGCAUCAUUCAUGUUGA